AUGGACGACAAACAGCGAACGGCGAUGCAUUACGCCUGUUACUACGGGCACUGGGACGUCGUUGAGUUCCUGCUCCAGGCCCAGGGCGUGGAGUACAGCCUCACAGCCCGCGACGCAGCAUCGGCGACGCCCGUAACCGCGGCUGCGAUGGGAGGCUAUUUCCACAUCGUCGAGCAGCUGCUUCCACGCCUAGGUCCCGCUACUACUACUCGCUCACGACUGCUGGGCUACUGGGGAACCGCUUUGCAUGCAGCAGCCCGUUCUGGAAACCAAGACGUGGUAGCGGCCCUUGUGAACCUGCAGGACGACUUGAAGGACCAGCCUGACAUGAUGGGGCGGCUUCCCCUGCAUCUGGCCGCGAUGCAGGGGAACUGGGAAGCCGUGCUAGAGCUCUCCUCUCUAUCGUCAAAACAUACCUCGGAGGACUAUCAAGGCCGCAAUGCGCUACAUAUGGCUUGUGGACUAGGUAAAACCGACCUAGUUUUGAAAUUGCUC